AGCCACUUUCUCGCCAGCUGUACGAAUCAGUUGACGUCCCAGCGUUCAGCCCGGCGCACGUCUACUUUUCGUGUUCCUUAUUUUUAUUUUUAUGUCCUGUUGCGAUAGCGUUAUUUUUGUUUUCUUCAUUCGGUUCCUCUCACUUCACAUCAUUCAGCUGAAAAUCGAAAUUUUUUAAAUUUGUGAACCCCUCCCCAAUCAUCGAGCAACCCUCCACCCACAUUCGUCUACAUACAUCGAAAGUGAAUACGUCACGUAUAGACUCUUGGAGUUGGGUCUAUUAGCAUGACAGUUUUCUAAUCUGAUUCACCAAUCAGUUGAAAAAGUUCGUUUUCAUUAACAGCGUCCCUACCCUUUCGAAUUUGAGCUACAACUUGCAUCAUUACAGCGACAUCAUUCCGGAGUGAAUUGUUCUUUUUUCUGAGUUAUCGCGAACGCAACAUUUCGGAGACUUUUCAUCUAUCAAGCAGCUGCGGGCCAACCAUAGGACAGGACAUGGUUUCACGACGCCGCAUCUUGUCACGAUCCCGUGACGAUCUCCACUUGGACAACUUCCCUGAAGAGGAGGAUGACGUCUGGCACAUCAAGGAGAAACUCUACAAGGACCACAUCCAAGAAGUUUUGGACAAAUGGCAUCAAAUCGACGACGAGAUCUGGGCCAAGCUCAUCGUCAUGGAACGCAAUCGCCGCGUGGCCAAGGCGUAUGCUCGGGCUAUCCCAAUUCAAAUCAACGGAAGCGAUGACGGUUUCGACGGAUUCCGGAUUGGAUUGAAUGGAUUUGAUAAUCCGAUGCGUGACAACCGGACCGAGGAAGCCAAACGUCAGAUCGGCGAAGGAGCCAAGGUUCGCAUGGACGAGAAAGGCAACAUCCACAUCAAGCGCGUUUCCAAGAGCAACAUCUACAUUAAGAAUACGUCCGAUGAAAAUGGAAUCGGCAAUGAUAUCCUUAAGCUACCGCAAGGAGCCCUCGAAUUCGGCAAAGGCUAUCUGCUGUUUGACAUGAAGAAAUUCCAGCAGAAUGUGUCCCGCGAGCUGAAACGCGCCUACCCGGAUCGCCGCAAACUGGAGAUGCAAUGCAUUACGGCCAUUGCCUUCGCCAAGAACGAUAUGGAGCUGCUCAACUGUCCCUGCUGGGUCAUGAUUGUCAACAUCGUGGCUAUGGAUAUGCUCAAAUCAAAGAUGCCACCCGUCAGCAAGCGCUCAGAUAUUCGUAACCGUCCGCGCAUCCCGAUCCCUGAUGAAGAUCCUUACAGCGUGGCUGGCAGCGGAUCUAGCGGCAGCUCGUCGCACAAUGGCAACAUCAACAAUGGAAAUGGCUCCGCUCCGGCCAAUUCAAACGGCGUCGUUGGCACUAAACGUGGUGACAAACCACCAAAGCUGCCACCUCGCGAUAAUGGCAUCUAUGGCUCCAACAUUCCAAAACCUGAUUAUGAUGAGAUUGACGAGAAUGGAUACAAAGCGUUUGCUUCAACUCGUCCCAGCAAGGAGAAGCUGCUGUCGACCGACAAAAAAUACGACGAUCCUUACUAUUGCGGUCUACGCGCCCGCGUCUCUAACUUUGUCAAGAAUAAGAACACCAACGAGAAACCGGUCAAAGAGCUUGGAACUGAGAUUAAAAUGAAGAUGACGCCACACGUAGGCACGUAUCAAGCUGCCCUGUCUCACGGCCACCCCAUGCAGAGUCAUCAAAUGUGGCAUUCGCGAAGCUUCGACAGUGGAAUGGCCUCGCUGCCGAGCAGCGUCACACCCGAUAUUCAACGGUUAUGGAAAGCUUAUCCUUUCGAACGCAAUCCUACGUCGUGGGUACCUUCCCAUACCCAUGGAUACAGCCCAGAAACAGAGCUCACAGACUCGGCUUACUCCCGCAUCUACGGCCGCUUGCCGAUUCCGCGCAGCUAUGUGCCCAUUGCAGCGCCUUCGCGAGCAUCGUACUACGGGGAGUGGAAUUGAUGUCAAUCUGAGCGUCUUUGGUGAUGGUGCCGUCAUCUCCCUAUCGCGUCUUUAAAUAGUUGGAACGCAUUAGGGAUGUUGUCUGUGAAUGUAAAUGAUACCGUUCUUUUCCCGUCAAUUUGGCUAUUACUUGGACAUUCUUUUUUGUUUUUGUUUGUUUUCCUUGUUCUGCGCUCGUUUUUAUUUUCUUUGCAAGUGGGCCGUGGUCUGUCUCUUUUUCUCUGCAUUUCGUUCUUCAAAUGUGUCUUUCUUAAAAAAUGGUUCUUCCCAGUUUCACACAGUCUAGAUUAUUUUUGUAAGUAUCGAAAUACUAGAGAGAAAAGCACAGGUGGACAGUAACCAUGUUGGGAUGGGUCUCUACGCUGUUUUGCUUUUCCUUGUAGAAAGAAUGUAAACCAAACUGCGUGUGCUAGGGAAGCUUUGUGUAUGUAUGUGUUUUUUUUUUUAUUAUUAUUAUUCGUGUGCGUGAACGUGUGCGUGUGAAUUCGGAUGGCGCCUGGUCGUUGGGUGACCCAUUUAAUAAAGAGACCAUUGGACAAUAUGUCAAAAAGCUUUUGUAGCCGAACCAACCAUAAGAGAAUUUAUUUAAUUCUUCUUUCAGUAAAAUAGAGAUCAAACCCCUUUUUUUUCUUUUAAUUCUUUCUUUUUAUCUUUUUUCCACUCAAAACAAAAAUUUGUGUAUAAGCGUGUAUUGCAAAUUUUCUGGAGACAACUCUUUUUCAUAUCUCUGUAGAAAAUGGCUUUUCUUUUGUUUUCGUUAUUUGUCGAAUAACGUUAUAGAGAAGGGUUUUGUCUUUGAUUUCUUUUGUUUUAUUGUCAAAUUUCUUUUUUUAGAUGGCUGUUACAACAUUCAUGCAACCCGUCUCUGUUCUUUGUAAUAUUUUCUUUCCAAUAGGGGCUGGGUUUUUCGAUUUGGAUGACAUGAACUUGUUUUACGUUCAUUGUUUCCGUUGUGUAUUGUACAUACUGAAAGAAUUUUCCCCUUUGCUCUGGCCCUCUUUGCAAUUAAUAAAUAUACGGUUGACGGCUUUCACUUUA